ACGGCCUCGGGAGACGUGUCACUCGGACUUUCACAACAACACGACGACGAUGAUGCGGAGUCUCGCGGCGUUUUUGGCCUUUUCCUCCGUCCUCUGGGCCACGGAGGCUUAUUUCAUCACCAUAGACGCCCAUGCGGAGGAAUGCUUCUUCGAGAAAGUCACGACGGGCACGAAAUUAGGGCUGGCCUUUGAGGUGGCAGAGGGCGGCUUCCUGGACAUUGACAUCAAAAUCUACAGCCCCGAUGGCAAAAUCAUUCACGAGGGCGAGCGCGAGUCCAACGGCCGCUACACCUUCCCUGCCAGCAUGGACGGCGUUUACACAUACUGCUUCUCCAACAAGAUGUCCACCAUGACUCCCAAGAUCGUCAUGUUCUCCAUGGACGUCGGGGUGACUGAAGAAAAGACCCACGGGGAGACUGCCGAGGGUGCUGCAGAAGGGGAUUGGCCCGUUGAUCAUAUUCAGCAAACAGAGUGGCAUGGAGAGGUCCACAACGACACAGAUUGGUAUCUGCAGAAUGGCAGUGAUAAAGGUUAUCAGGCAGAGGAAAUAGCAAACGAAGGUUAUCCACCAGAGGAAAUACCACAUGAAGAUUGGCAAGCAGUCAACUAUCAACGUUCAUUAGGCGAAGGCUCCAACAAGAAUAUGGAGGACAUGAUCCGCGAGCUCUCCACAGCCCUUUCUGGUGUCAAGCACGAGCAAGACUACAUGGAGGUCCGUGAGCGCAUUCACCGCUCCAUCAACGACAACACAAACUCCCGCGUCGUGCUGUGGUCUGUUUUCGAGGCCCUGGUGCUGGUGGCCAUGACCAUUGGCCAGGUGUACUACCUCAAACAGUUCUUUGAGGUCCGAAGGGUGGUGUAGAUCUGGAUAUAAUUUCUUAUCUUUGUUGCAUCAAAGGAAGUGUUCUUUUCUUUCUCUCUCUGUUCUCGCCGGAAGAAAUUGAACUGUUUCCAAGUUUUCUUUUCUUCUUGUGGUGUUAUUUAUGUAUGUGUCACUAGAAUGGUAUGAUUACUUUACACUUCCCUUUUUUUCCUUGUUGUAAGUGGGGUUUGCCUACUUGUAAACUCUUUGUUAUCUUAUUUUUCGUCUUUUCUAAAGUUAAAGUUACAAAAUCAAGGACAAACAAUUGCGUGUUUUUGUAAUUUAUCCAAAAAAACUGUAGUGUGGUAUUUGGUAAUGUUCCAUAAAGCAACAAAUUACAGUCUAGUAACUUUGAAAUAGUUAUUAUGAAAUCAUUUAUGUUAUUGACCUUAAACAUGAACUAAAAAGAGUGAGAGAAACAAUCUUCAUGCAGUGUUUACAAGCUGCAUUUGCACAGAAUGUUUUUAAUAUUGACUUAAGUGGCUGUCAACUUGUUUUAGAUCAAGUUAUUGGACAAAUUGAUAGUACAGAUAUGACUUGUGUAGGUGUUUUGCCAUAAUCUUUUUCAUUUUUUUUCACAAAUUUAAGGAGUAGAUGUUUAUUUUUUUUUUUGUGAGGUUAUAUUCGCUUUGCUUAUGUGUUAUUCUCAUUAUGCAGUGGCGUAGAUGUAAAUUUUUAUGUGACUAAUUUUUAUGGAAAAAAAUAAAUAAGUAUUGUUA